AUGAGCGUUUACAAGUAUCCCUCGUCAAUAUACUGUGGUCAGAUUGUUUAUCCGGCCGAGGCACUCCAAGAUGUGGCUCGACAGAUUGCUGCAUUCUGCUCACGGUGUUCUGACCCCCGGCUGGCGCUGCAUUUGUAUUGCUUGAACCUGAGCAUGGGCGCUUACGCGGGCAACGAGCCGAAGGCAGGCCUGGUAAUAUUUGUGUACGAUGCUCGUGGUGAAGAACACGGGAGAAGGGCAGAUGGCUUCAAGUGGGCGCUCGAUAUGAAGGGAGCAAUGGCCAUGACCACGUCUGUGAACCUUCGAGGGGUCAACCAGCAAUUUGACAGCCUGAAGACCAUAAUGGGUGUUACAAACACCUGGCAAUGUGGGGCUACCCUGUUUGCAAUCGACGAGGAUUUGAUAUUGCGGACCUGGAAAUGGUCCGUUGAUCUUUUGCAAAAGGAGCCGGGACUGGCACGGAGCACAUACGUACUGGUCGAAGUGAUGCAAAGGGUGGAUAGCUUGCAUCUUCUGGUCAGCUGGGGAGCGGCGUACCAAUCUCUGGGCUAUCCCAGCAAGGAAACUGCCUGGCCACAUACGCGGAACCAACAUAAUCUCCAGUUGGGUGCAGGUAGAGGGCCUGGAUCCAGGGAAGGAGACGCCUUGGGUCGACAGGCGAUGGCAGAAGGGCCAUAUGAGAUUGAUCCCACACAUACCAAGGCCGACUAUUUUCCAAACUCCCUGGACGACUAUGUCGACGCAAAAGAGGUUUUUGGCGAGAAUUGGACUAAGGUUGUUGAGAUCAAGAAGAGAUAUGACCCUCAUAACAAGCUUGGAGGAGUCUUUGCAAAGCAAUAA